GCAGCAUGUACAACAUAUCAUUCUUAGCUACUUGCAGAUCUCCUUCAGCUCGAAACCAAUAUUCUGUGUCCCCUUUUCGGACAUCAGCCUACCGGUUGUUUGAAAGUGGUAGAUAUGCAAACUAGAGCACAAAGGAACAUCAAGUACUCUAAUUGUCUGAUUCAAAUAUUUGUUGAACUACUACCUUUCUAAGUCCCAACCUAAGAUGCCGAAACAAUCUCAAUCCAUGUCUAACACUCAUGAUAGCCCGACUUGCGGUGUGACGGACAUUUGCAUCUGCAGAAUAAGCAUUUAUACAAAUAAUCUCGAUAUUCUGCAUGGUAAAUGAAGAUAUAUAGACAACUGAAUUCUUCAACACCAAAACUAUAUCUUUAACCAAAACCAAUUCAUCACAACAAUGUUGGAAGAGAUUGGAUUUGGUCACUACUGCAUAACAAACACCAACACGCCAGACAAGCUCCUCGAGGUGUCAGCAUCUAAUCACACCUCUGUAACAAUUGGGAAUCCCACAACAGACUGUGAUCCGCACCAGCUUUGGUACAUCUGGGGCGAAGGAUCUUACUUCCAUAUCCGCAAUGGGUCUGGGAAGUGCCUUGCGGUAAGCCCGCCAGGAGCCUAUUCGUCUGUGAUGGGACGAGACGAGCCCCAAGUGUGGAUUAUAGAAGUGGUCCAUGAAGAUCAUAACUUCUAUGGCAGGAUCUACGCUAAUGGAACCGGCCUCUGCCUUGCGCAGUUACCAGGUGCCAAUGGAACCCCUCAGCUUCAGCUUGUGGAAACAUCGCCUGAUCCGAACCAGAUCUGGAAACUUUGGCAAAUGGGGGCAUAAAGGCAGGCCGUAAAGAAUGAGGCGCGAUGUGUAGUGUGGUCCUUUAGGAUUCAGAAGAGAAUGAUUCGUUACCAAGAGCUGGACACGAGCAUGAAAGAAGUAAUGUAGUAAUCAUAAAAGACUUUCAAUGCUCUAACAUGGUAGAGUCGCGUAUGUACGAAGCGCAAGGACACCGAUUUAUUUCUCAAUCUAGCAAUGUGAUAGCGAUGCAGGCACUGCAUAAUGUAC